AUGAUGGAAUCACCUAUGGUCAUGGAGAACUUUGUAGAGAUUGAAGGAAGAUGGACAGAUAUUGAAAAGAUCAUAAAGAGAUCAGGCCCUUUGGCUUCGCCAGACUUUGUGCCAGACACUACAGAGGCACCAACCAUCAAGAAUGGCCUGCAGAGUGACUUUAAGGUGUUGGUGAUCGGUGCAGGUGGUCUCGGAUGUGAGAUCCUCAAGAACCUCGCACUCUCUGGCUUCAGAAACAUCGACGUCAUCGAUAUGGACACCAUCGAUGUCUCAAACCUCAACAGACAGUUCUUGUUCAGAAGAAAGGAUGUUGGCAAGUCCAAGGCUGAAGUUGCCGCUGCCUUUAUCAACAAGAGAGUUGCUGGUUGUAAAGUAACACCAUACAAGUGCAGGAUUCAAGAGAAGGAUGAUGACUACUAUAGACAGUUCAAGGUCAUUAUUGCUGGUCUGGACUCGAUUGAGGCAAGACGUUGGAUCAAUGGACUGUUGGUCAACUUGGUCGUCAAGGACAAUGAGGGAAACAUCGAUCCAUUGACCGUCAUCCCAUUGAUUGAUGGUGGUACGGAGGGUUUCAAGGGCCAGGCAAGAGUCAUUCUUCCACGCAUCACUUCGUGCUUUGAGUGCUCACUCGACUCCUUCCCUCCACAGACCAAGUACGCCAUCUGUACCAUCGCCAACACACCACGUGUACCAGAGCAUUGCAUCCAAUGGGCAUUGAUAUUUGGUCUCGAGGACAAGAGCAUUCCCAAGCCAUUCGAUUCAAAGGCCUUUGACAAUGACAACCCUCAACACAUGACUUGGUUGUUUGAGACCGCCAAGAAGAGAGCUGAGGAGCACAAGAUCACUGGUGUCACUUACAAGCUAACACAGGGUGUGGCAAAGAACAUUAUUCCAGCCAUUGCCAGUACCAACGCUAUCAUCGCCGCGGCGACCUGCAAUGAGGCGUUCAAGUUCUGCACAGAGAGCAGUGGAUACCUCAACAACUACAUGAUGUACAAUGGACAGAGCGGUGUGUACACUCACACCUUUGAGUAUGAGAUGAAGGAGGGCUGUGCUGUGUGCGGCACCAACAUUGUCACAUACGCUGUCGAGCCCAAGACCACCCUGUCCACACUGCUCGAGAUGCUUGCCAACGACUCGCAGUUCCAGUUCAAGAAGCCAAACCUGCGCAGCAAUGGAAGGAACCUCUACAUGCAGGGUAUCCUGCACGAGUCCACCGUUCCCAACCUCGAAAAGACUCUCGAGGAGCUAGGUGUUGGUGAAGGUGACGAGGUGACCAUCACCGAUCCAUCACUACCAGGCAGCAUUGCCGUUCGCAUGAGAGUCAACUACAAGCAGACCGAGAACAAGUAA